UCCUGAUCGAUCCCUGUACUCCUCCUACAAGUGCUUGCAUCCAUUUCAGUUGGCCCUGGGCCAUCGAUCGAUGUCAUCCUUCAUUUCGUGACAGUAUGUGAAUGAUGCACUUUUACUCACCACACGAAACGAAGGAGGGCGGAAUCAACCCCAACUACAGCAACCGCUAAAUCCAUCAGUGCACCGUUCCGUGUAACCUGCCGCUAAUAAUUCAAAAUGCGAUCAUCCUAGGGUCUGGUGAUUGGUAGCCUUGCACCGUUUUUGAAUGAUUGUCUUUCGCUUACAUGCAGUCAUCACGAUUACCGAUCAGCCGAAAACAUGGUUCUCAUCUCUAGCGAUUGAAGCGCUUCGGAAGAAGAGCACAAAAGUGGCCAUGGGUGCUUAUCGAAGCAAGACCGUAUCAGAGUAUGGAGAUGGCUUUGAGGAGAUUUUGGCGCAAUAUAGGACUCCGCAAACAGAAGACACAGAACUGGAUAACGCCGAGGCCAUGUCCAUAGGGUCAAGUACCUUGUAUUCUGAGUCGGGAAUUUUUCACAUUCCAGAGGACAAGGAAGAGAUCAAGCAAUUACUGGGAGAAAUGGACGAGGAAACUAUGGAACCCGAUAGGGUUGACAUUCAUGUUUGAAGAGUGCGCAAGGUUGGUACGAUUGGGAGCGACAACAAGACCAACGCCACGCGAAUCGAGAAACA